AUGGAUGUCCCUAUGCAUGUUAUCAUCAUUAAGAUCCAGCUGGUGAAAAUAAUCCAGAGGAAAUGCAACCCUGGUGGGAUUAGUGUUGGUGUUUCCAGUACUUCGGUCAGCGAGAAACUGACCUGGGACAUUGGAAGAACUGGUCUAGAUGAUGCCUGUAGAUCCUCCUCCCUGGAGCUGGGAAUGUGCAGGAGACUCUCGCAGCUGAAUCCAGGCAUCCGCUCUGGGGAUCCACACGCUCGCCGCACCUCUGAAAAUGAAAAUGAAGUGAAUCACCGGAGCAAAGAAUGUGCUCUCUGGUGCUACACCAAGAAUAAAGAUCCAACAGGGCUAAACACAGCAGCACAGCUGUCCCUCAAAAGGGACCUGGAGCGCGUACUGUCCCAGAGACAGACAGAUUCGUCCCUGGGAAUGGUCCUGGGAGAAGUGUUUGUUGUGUUUUUGCAAGAUGUGGGGAUCCAAGUGGAGCACGAGAAGGAGUUCUCCCCUGGCCAGCGAUACCACAAAGAGUUCAAGUUCAACUUAUCCCAGAUUCCUGAGGGUGAGGCGGUGACGGCUGCAGAAUUCCGAAUCUACAAGGACUGUGUUGUGGGGAGUUUUAAAAACCAAACUUUUCUUAUCAGCAUUUAUCAAGUCUUGCAGGAGCAUCAGCACAGAGACUCUGACCUAUUUUUGCUGGACACCCGCGUGGUAUGGGCCUCGGAAGAAGGCUGGCUGGAAUUUGACAUCACGGCCACCAGCAAUCUGUGGGUCGUGACCCCACAGCACAACAUGGGGCUUCAACUGAGCGUGGUGACUCGGGAUGGACUCAACAUCAACCCCCGAGCCGCAGGCCUGGUGGGCAGAGACGGCCCUUACGACAAGCAGCCCUUCAUGGUGGCCUUCUUCAAAGUGAGCGAAGUGCACGUGCGCACCACGAGGUCCGCCCCCGGCCGGCGCCGGCAGCAGAGCCGCAACCGCUCCACACAGUCGCAGGACGUGUCGCGGGUCUCCAGCGCCUCAGAUUAUAACAGCAGUGAGUUGAAAACGGCCUGCAGGAAGCACGAGCUCUAUGUGAGCUUCCAGGACCUGGGAUGGCAGGACUGGAUCAUCGCGCCCAAGGGCUAUGCCGCCAACUACUGUGACGGAGAAUGCUCCUUCCCGCUCAACGCACACAUGAACGCCACGAACCAUGCCAUUGUGCAGACGCUGGUUCACCUUAUGAAUCCUGAGUAUGUCCCCAAACCAUGCUGUGCACCGACCAAACUAAAUGCCAUCUCGGUUCUUUACUUUGAUGACAACUCCAAUGUCAUCUUGAAAAAAUACAGGAAUAUGGUCGUCAGAGCUUGCGGAUGCCACUAACUCAAAACCAGUCGCUGGGGACACAGAUGCUGCCUUGGGUUCCCAGAUGACGUCUGCCUUAAAAAAAAAAAAAAACAUUCCGAAGCACAGUGAAGGGGGGAGGCGAGGCUUUGAAGCCGUUCGGUGCUGGUAGGCGCCUUACCGCCCACGGAAGAUGGUCAAGGGCCUCAUGAAUAAUCCGCUCACACGGUAAAUGUGAGCGGUUGUUGGUCUAUAGGAAGCGGAGUUUGGAUGUUUGUUGUACAAAGUCUGGUCAAUGACAGAAAUGUAACUUUGAAGGGUUCCCCCCUCCAAAAAGAAAAAGAGCCCACCAAAAUUAGUUCUAGCUUUAGAUCAAGCUACUUGUGGUUAGUGUCUAACAGUAAAUAGGGAAAAUAAUCUUAAAAGGAAUAUUCUCAGCUCAAGGAUCAGCCUGUUCGGUGGUGGUUGUUGAAGGUAGACCUACAGGUAAUGGGAACUAGGAGGAAAUGCCUGGGCUCACAGAUCUCGUUCCGGAAGGUCAGUGUCAUGUAGGAUCGAUGGCCGGGCUGUCCCCAGGGCUGUAAGUGCCUUUUGUCCCCGUCACUGCCGUUAGCGCUUGUGCUGGAGCUCUGUUGGUGGGAAAAUAUACUUACAAACCGCGCCGUUUCCACACCGCAGACCCCCGACCCCCACGCCAACGUCUGCUGCUGUGCUGAGGCCCUAAGUGGAGCGAGCGGGCGUUGCGGUGAGGCUGCGGGGGGCCAGAGGCGUUCUGGGUAGCCGUCGCUUUACCCGUGUAACAUGUGAAAGCAAUUCUGCGCCUCCUCUCUUCUGGAACGGCUCUUGGAAAAGCAUAGUAACUUCGGGAACGCCGGCUCUAGUAUUUCACUAUCUCAGUAAAACAGUUCUCUGCCUUUCACUGGACGGCGUGCCGGGUCUCGGGGUGAGAAGCAACAAAGGAAACAAAAUGAGGAAGGCAGCCCCCAGCCGCGAGGAAGGGGAUGGGUAUGCCCUGGGGAGCCCAAGUCCCGUUUCUCUUGUAGAAAGUAAGACGCCGAUGAAAUCGUAGAAUGUUUUUAAAGUGUCUCUUUCACAAUCAUGUACUAGGAAGCCAAUUUCAUACUAAACUGAUUAAAUAAUACAUUUAUGACCUAAAACUGUUUGCACUUACAGCUUUUUUGUAAAUAGAAACUAUAAUUUAUUGUCUAUUUUAUAUCUGUUUUGCUGUAACAUUUAAGGAAAGACCAGACUUUUUUUUGAAAAAGAAUUUAUUUAGAAAGUAUCAUAGUGUAAACAAAUUGUACCACUUGGAUUUUCUCUCAAUACAUGACUCAUGAUGCAAAGCUGAAGCCACUCAUGAGGAUUGUGCUUCUCUAGGAAGUUGGGGUUUGAAAAGAACAUCUGUGAACCAUACAUAAUCAAUAAAGAUCUCCUUUAAGGCAGAGGUUGGCCAAGAUCCUGCUGUUGCCUUCUGCCGCAGACAG